AUGGGCAGCCUCGCCGGGGAGCCGGCCGCCGCGCUGGCCCCGCCGCAGGACGGGCUCCGGAGCGCCAAGGAGCCGGGGGGCGCCGACGGCCGCGCCCUCAAGAGGGCCUGUCAGCACCGGAUCUUUGUGAACCGCAGCCUGGCUCUGGAGAAGAUCAGGUGCUUUGGUUUCGAUAUGGACUAUACGCUGGCGAUAUACAAGUCCCCAGAUUAUGAGGAGUUGGCCUUCGAGCUGCUGCUGGACUGGCUGGUCUCCAUUGGGUACCCCCACGAGAUCCUGAAGUACCAGUAUGACCCGACCUUCCCCACCAGGGGCUUGGUGUUUGACGCUCAGUAUGGGAACCUGCUGAAGGUUGACUCCCAUGGGAACCUACUGGUCUGCGCCCACGGCUUCCGCUUCCUCAGUGGGGCUGAGAUCUGGAAUUAUUACCCCAACAAGUUCAUUCAGCGGGACGAUAUGAAGCGAUUUCACAUUCUCAACACGCUCUUCAACCUCACAGAGACCUAUCUCUACGCCUGCCUGGUGGAUUUCUUUACCAACUGCUCCAGAUACGUCAACUGUGACACGGGCUACAAACACGGCAACCUCUUCAUGUCAUUCCGCAGCAUCUUCCAGGACGUGCGCGAGGCCAUGGACCACGUGCAUCUCUCGGGCUGCCUGAAGGAGAAGACGCUGGAGAACUUGGAGAAGUUUGUGGUGAAAGACCCCCGUGUGCCCCUGCUGCUGAGCCGCAUGAAGGAAGCGGGGAAGGUUUUCCUGGCCACUAACAGCGAUUACAACUACACAGAUGCGAUAAUGACGUACCUGUUCACCUUGGACCUGGGAGACAAGGUCCAGCGCCCAUGGCGCUCCUACUUUGACCUGAUUGUCGUGGACACACGCAAGCCACUCUUCUUCGCUGAGGGGACCGUCCUGCGGCAGGUCAACACGGACACGGGGAAGCUGCGUAUCGGGACCUACACCGGACCCCUCCAGCACUGCGCGGUCUAUUCUGGAGGCUCCUCGGACAUGGUGUGCGACCUCCUGGGGGUGAAGGGCAAGGACAUCCUCUACAUCGGGGACCACAUCUUCGGGGACAUCCUCAAGUCCAAGAAGAGGCAGGGCUGGCGCACCUUCCUGGUGGUGCCCGAGCUGGCCCGAGAGCUGCACGUGUGGACAGAGAAGAGCGAGAUCUUCGAGGAGCUGCGGAGCCUGGACGUGCUGCUGGCGGAGCUCUACCAGCCCUUGGACAGCAGCAGCAGCGAGCGCCCGGACAUCAGCUCCAUCAAGCGCCAGAUCCAGAAAGUCACCCACGAGAUGGACAUGUGCUACGGGAAGAUGGGCAGCCUCUUCCGCUGUGGUUCCCGCCAGACGCUCUUUGCCAACCAGCUGAUGCGCUAUGCAGACCUCUACGCCGCCUCCUUCAUCAACUUCCUCUACUACCCCUUCAGCUACCUGUUCCGUGCACCGCCCGUGCUGAUGCCGCAUGAAUCGACUGUAGAGCACGUGCACCUGGAGCUCAGGGAGUCGGGCUUGUUAACGGGGCAUCGGCUGCACCAGCUCAGCUUCCACGGCCACCAGAACCUCAGAGGCAUUUUCCAGGACACUGACGAGGCUGAGGAUGACGACGAUGACUGAGCCGGGCCACAGGCUGAUUGAUUGCUGACUGGAUGGCAGCUGCCAAACCCAGAACAAAGCAUUUUUCUGAGGCAUCAAAAUCCUGUGAAACGGGAGAGUGUUCUGAAAAGAAACACUGCAUGCUAACUAUCCCUGCCAGUCUAGCCUUAGCCACCAGUGCCUAAGGGGGCCCUUUGGAAUCCAGCAGUUGUUUGCAUUUUCCUCCAGGGAUUGAUUCAGUGGAGACAGUUCAUGGCCAGGUAUCCCCUCAACUGCCUCUGAGGCAGAAAGGCCUUUAGCAGCCAGGGAAGGGUAAGAGGCCAUUGCUGGUGCACUAGAAGUCUGUGGGAUGCUAGUUUCUCUGUCCAGUCCCCACUCUGAUUUCUCCUUUGCUAGGUUGACUCAUGUAGCAGUUGUUGCUUUGUGUGAGUCUACUACAGUGGUGG